AGGGAGUGAGCUCACUCUCCUGACGUCCCCCACUCCCUCUCUUUCUUCCGGGGCUCUAUGAGUCUCCCUGGACCGGUCUGAGACCGGUCUGAGAUGAGCGACGACCACGGUUGCACGGAGUCGGGAUCCUGCCAUGGAGCAGUCCGGGGAUAGUGAGCUGUCGACGCGCGUCUCUGCACUUCUGGCUUUCUGCGACGACCAAGGCGUCGCCUACGAUGACCUCCUCACCACUUUGUGUCAGCAAGGUCGGGCAAGAAGGGCUGCAAGGCAGGCUGCUGAGGCCCCCUUGAAGCGUCUCAUCGAGGUGGGCGGCGACGUGAUUGAAGUUACUGUGGCGACGUUCUCCCGAUUCGCCUUCUUCGACAAUCUCUUUUCUUCGACGUGGAAGGAAGGGAGAGAGCACGUGAUAUCCAUUGCCAGCCCACCAGGUCCGUUGCUACUAAGAGAUCCUGUGUCCUUUUCAAACUACAUUGUUUGCUCUCUCAUGCAGGCUACGUAGGGACGCCGACCUCUCAGCUGCUGCGGUUCAUCGAGGCCCCUGUCACUCCGCUUGGCGAGAUGCCGCCAUCGAUCCUCAUUGAUUUCAUCCGCCUCUCAUCUUACUUCGGAAUGGAGGACGUCGUGAAUGAGAUCAUCAAGGCCAUGUGUGUCGCUGUGGUGGAACGACCGGCAACGCUGCUCAGCACCAGCAACUUCAGGUGUCAUGACACGAAAUCGCAUUCAUGUCUCUGAUAAGGGUUGUCCCUUGGUGCAGAGCUGGCCAUUUGGAUUUUCAUUUUCUGCUUCUGAUGCUCUGGACAUGUCUCGAGGCCGCCCCUCAGAACGGCCUCCAUCUGGCGGCGCACUGGGCAAGAGACCUGACACUGCAACAGCUCACGAGCCAAUCACAGCUGAUGAAACUCAUCAAGGACCUUUCAGAGCGGCUUCCCUUGCCAAUUCUUCUCGAUAUCGUCAAGUCUUCCUCCAUGCAACCAGCCCUUUCCUUCUGUCUCGGCCCGGUGAUCUGCCGCCUCUUUGCUGCAGCCACCGACGAGCUGCGCCAGCUGUCAACGAACUUGGAUCAGCUAGCAAGAGCGAAGGAGAGCGGCAGCCAAAUGGGUGGCAAAGCAAGUGCCACACCGCCAGUCUGGAGGUCGCAGCACGACCCGCCGAUGUUCGUCCGCGAAAUCGUUGGGAAACUUGAGAGAAUCGAAGCCGCCAACCAGCAAUUUCCUGCUUUUCUGUCAUCCGCACCAUCCCCUUCCCGCAUGCAGCCAACCUACAACCGCGUGAGCAGCCUCCCUUUGUCUCCGCAGAGCGCCACGGUGUCCGGGCUGACGACUGGGGGCUUGACGGCGGGGAUAGUGCCUUACGAUCGCGAUGAGAUGGAGGUGUUCCAGCCAUUCCUAGGGGGCGGCCGUGGCACCACAAGGAGGUCAGGGGCAAGGGGGUCGAGCGCAUCAAGGUGCCCAAGCUCGUCACACUCGUCGUCUGCUAGUGUGGUUGGAGAACCAAGCAGGAGCCCCCGCAGCGAUCUAAGAAACUCUGUGGUGGCUGAGUUUGGGUGGCCGUGAGUGAUGAGACAGAAACGAGGGAGAUGCCAGUCAUUCGUGUGUGCAUAAUCGUGCACAUGUCGAUCGGUACGUCAUGCAUGGGUAACGAAUCUGCUUUCGGCUGGGCUGGAAGCACGGGAGGGCGAAGGGCUCUACUGUACUGACUGCUGCUUUGAUUGUCUGUCCAUUCACGUGUAUGUCUCUGGCUGAGUUGUGCUUGGCGGCUCCUUUGCGCACCCAUCUCUGAUGCCAGCAUGGUUUGAUCUAUGCAUCCAAUGAAGUGGACGGGCAGGCAGGCAGGGCAUGCGAUGUGUUCACUCAGCGACCACUGCUCUGUGUGUAUUGGAUGGUCAUGGAGUCAUGAACAUUGUAAGAGACGC